AUGGAUACCGAUGUGGUGGCUCAGUUUACUGAGAUCACCGGUUCUACCCCGGAGCUGGCUACUCAGUACCUUCAGCUAGCGGACUUCAAUAUCGAGCAAGCCAUGCAGCUUUACUUCGAAAAUGAUGGUGCGCCUCUCACACAAGAAGCUCCAACAUCGCAUUCUGCCCCGCAACCGCCUUCCCACUCCACUGGACACCAGGAUGAGUCUGGGGUCAUCCACGUUGACUCCGACGAUGACCUUGCUGUUGACGAAUCUCGAUCCACACCUCGAAACCGGUCAACCCAUGCGUCGACAUUUGAAGAUGACGCGGCGAUGGCUCGCCGUCUUCAAGAGGAGAUGUACGGUGGCGGAGGUAGCGGGGGCGGCGGGGAAGACGAUGUGCGAGCGCCGAUGGCCCGCACAACAGAGACUUUAGUUGGGCCCGAAGCCGAUUUCGAUGACGAUAUGCAUGCCAGUAUCCUGGGACAAUUACGAGCCCGCUCACAGCGUGGAGGUCGGCCUGGAAUAUUCAACCAGAGAGACUCCGCCUCGAUAUGGACGGGAGACGACGAGGCGUCUCAUCGGGAAAGACUUGCAGCGGCUACGGGAGGUGCAUCCGAGGCGUCAAAUAAGUCAAACAUGCUUGCCGAGAUGUAUCGACCCCCCUUUGAGAUCAUGUCCAGGCUUCCGUGGGACCUGGCCCGGGAGGAAGGCCGUGACAACGAGAAGUGGCUGUUGGUCAAUGUCCAAGACCCCUCCGUCUUCGAUUGCCAAGUGUUGAACAGGGACCUGUGGAAAGAUCCCGGGGUGAGGGACACAGUCAAAGAGCAUUUCGUCUUCCUGCAAUAUUCCAAGGACGAUCCGCGGGCGUCGCCUUAUCUGCAGUACUAUUUCCCGGCCAGCGACGUUUCGGACAACUACCCUCACAUCGCCAUUGUGGACCCCCGUACCGGAGAGCAGAUGAAGGUUUGGUCUGGGCCGCCAGUGAUCAAGGCUGCCGAUUUUCUGAUGCAGUUGCACGAGUUCCUUGAUCGUUACAGCCUGAAACAUAACGUGCGGAACCCCGUCGCGAAGCGAAAACCCGAGAAAAAGGAAAAGAGUAUCGAUGCUAUGACGGAAGAAGAGAUGCUGGAGAUGGCGAUGAGGAACAGCCUUGGUGAUGGAGCCGGACAGCCCCAGAAGAUGGAAGACCCCGACGAGCUGACCCGGAGCAUGGAAGAUGUGAAGGGCAAGGGAAAGGCCGCUGACACGGGGGAUGUCAGCAUGGGUGAAGCCGAUCAGAGUGAAGAAGCAGACCCCCGGGUGUCCGUAUUCCAAUCGAUUCCUGCCGACCAACCCCACACCGAGCCUCCUGCCGACCCAGCAACGACUACACGUAUCCAAUUCCGACACCCGUCCGGUCGAGUUAUCCGCCGGUUUGCUCUCACUGAUCCUGUUCGACGCAUCUACGAGUGGCUCAAAGCUGACCCGCCGUUGCCAGACAAAGCGGGCGUGGAAUUCGAGCUCAAUGCUAUGGGUCGCAACCUGAUCGAUUCUCUGGACACCAGCGUGGAGGAUGCAGGCCUGAAGAAUGGGACGGUGAUGAUCGGAUAUAUGGAGGAUUAG